UAAAUACUUCCUCCAAACUCUCUCUCUAGGAAGCAGGACUAGAGUAGAGUAGAUCAUCAGAAAACCAGUGAAGCAGUUGCAGCUUCACCAGAUUUCGUUAGUUAUCCAACGGUUUCUCUCCCCUUUCCCGAUCUUACCCCUUCUCUACAACUAAAUUUACUCUUCAAUGCCAUUCAUCUUCAACCUCUAGACAACCGCCACCACCAUCGCCGCUGCUAGCUAGAUCUAUCACCACUUCUACUCUGUUUCUCUAUCUACAAACACCAUGAUCACUUUGAACGAUCUCUACAACGUCCUCUCCGCAGUAGUUCCUCUCUACGUCGCCAUGAUCCUCGCUUACGGCUCCGUUCGCUGGUGGAAAAUCUUCAGUCCCGAUCAAUGCGCCGGAAUCAAUCGUUUCGUCGCUAUUUUCGCCGUACCUUUACUUUCUUUCUAUUUCAUCUCACUUAACGAUCCUUAUAAAAUGAAUUUCCGCUUUCUCGCCGCGGAUACUCUCCAGAAACUAAUCAUGCUCGUUGUCCUCGGGAUUUGGACUGCAUUCGCCAAAUCUGGUAGUCUGGAAUGGAUGAUUACGAUUUUCUCUGUUUCUACACUUCCGAAUACUUUAGUCAUGGGAAUACCUCUUUUAAGAGGUAUGUACGGUGAUUACGCAGCGAGUCUUAUGAUCCAGGUUGUGGUUCUUCAAUGUAUAAUUUGGUAUACUUUGCUUUUAUUUCUGUUUGAAUAUCGUGGUGCUAAGAUGUUGAUAAUGGAGCAGUUUCCUGAGACAGCUGCUUCCAUUGUAUCAUUCAAGGUUGAAUCAGAUGUUGUCUCUCUCGAUGGACAUGAUUUUUUGGAAACUGAUGCGGAGAUUGGAAAUGAUGGAAAGCUUCAUGUUACUGUAAGGAAAUCAAACGCAUCUCGCCGGUCUUUCUCCGGUUUGACUCCACGACCUUCGAAUCUCACUGGAGCUGAGAUUUAUAGUUUAAGUUCGUCGAGGAAUCAGACGCCGCGAACUUCGAAUUUCAAUCAUUCGGAUUUCUACUCCAUGAUGGGAUUCCCUGGUGGACGGUUAUCGAAUUUCGGUCCGGCGGAAAUGUAUUCUGUUCAAUCUUCCCGUGGACCGACGCCGCGACCUUCUAAUUUCGAGGAGAAUUGUGCAGUUGGAGCUCAGGUUAUGAGUUCUCCAAAGUUUGGAUUCUAUCCAUCGCAACCAGCUCCGGCGAAUUAUCCGGCGCCUAAUCCGGACAUUGCUUCAACAAUAACAAAGCCGGCGAAAACACAACCGCCGCAAUCAUCUUCAAUCGUGAAGGCUGAGCAACCGGUUAUUAUACAGAGCAAGCAGAAUCAUGAUGCUAAGGAGCUUCACAUGUUCGUAUGGAGUUCAAGCGCUUCACCGGUGUCGGAAGUCUUUGGCAGCAACGAAUUCGGCGCAGCUGAACAAUCUGGACGAUCCGAUCACGGCGCUAAAGAAAUCAGGAUGAUGGUCUCCGAUCAUCCUCAAAAUGGAGAAAGCAAAGCUGUUCAAGAGACUAGGGAGGACUUCAGCUUUGGAGGCGUUGCCGGCGCCGGAAAAGAUGGGGAUGAUGAAAGAGAUAAGGAUGAACCCAUUGGUCUAUCUAAGCUUGGGUCAAGCUCCACCGCCGAGCUACACCCAAAGGGGUUUGGAGUUGCAGAAGCUAGCGUCGGUAAACAUAUGCCUCCAGCCAGUGUAAUGACACGACUGAUCCUGAUCAUGGUUUGGCGCAAGCUGAUCAGAAACCCCAACACUUAUUCCAGUUUACUCGGCGUAAUUUGGACCCUCAUUGCUUGUAGGUUCAAUCUUAAAAUGCCCAAAAUAGUUUAUAACUCAAUUACAAUACUCUCGGAUGCUGGUCUUGGCAUGGCUAUGUUCAGUUUAGGUUUGUUUAUGGCGCUACAACCAAAGAUAAUAGCGUGUGGAAACACGGUAGCAACCUUCGCCAUGGCGGUGAGGUUUCUCACCGGUCCAGCAGUAAUGGCCAUAGCUUCCAUCACAGUCGGACUCCAUGGAAAUCUCCUACAUAUCGCUAUAGUACAGGCAGCACUUCCUCAAGGGAUAGUUCCAUUUGUUUUCGCCAAAGAAUACAGUGUACACCCUCAGAUCCUUAGCACUGCGGUUAUAUUUGGGAUGAUAAUUGCCCUGCCUAUCACCCUUGUCUACUAUAUAUUUUUUCGAUUGUGAAUUUGUUGCGUACCAUGGUUGUUACGAAUGACUAUGAUUAUUAGUUACGACGUUUUUACCCGAGCUUGAUGAGGCAUAAUGAGAAGAAGAAAGGAUGUAAAUUAUUGACUUGUUAACAAGUCUUUGGAUGGAUCCCUUGAAUGGUUGGUUUGAUUAGAUAUAGAAGAAGAGGAUAGAAUGAAGCAUGGUUAUUGACAAGUGAAGAACACACAAAAGAUAGGAGAUCUGAUAAAAUUUCUGUCUCUAUUUCUUGUUUUAUUAUAUAAUUGUGGUUGUAGGGUCUGGUUUGGUUAUAUUAUUGAUGAGAAGAGAAACAAACAAGUGUAUUAUUAUUAUUAUUAUUCAGGAGUAGGAAGAAGAUUAGGGAGUGUGAAGGAGGUCAUUGUUGUCAUUUUACCUUUUUUGUUUCAUAGAUUUGGUUUUUAUAAUAAAUACUAUAAUGGGUGACUUUG